AUGACGCUGGACGGCCAGGACGCGGGCGAGCCAGCCGCAACCAUGGACUACGACGAUGAGUUGCAGCUCGCCCUCAAGCUGUCGCUGGAGGAGUACAAGUGGACCACGCAGGCCAACCAGAAGUUCGGGUCGCACGCCUCAGGGUUCUUCGACAGCCUCAAGGACGAUGCGCAUGGGCGAUCCGGGGCGCAAAAGCGGGCUGACGACACCGUGUCAAUGAGCUUCAUCCUAGACCAGAUGCACCAUUUCCACAAGAUCAUCAAAAACGAAGUCGAUGCCACACAUGAACUGAACACACAUAGCGCGUCGCCUGCGGGCAGCGUCGAGCCCAGGCCGAGCACCACCAUCUCCCGCAACCGGCUGGCCGACCUGGUGGAGACGUUGUUCGGCACGGAGGAAAACCGGACUGCGUCAUCGGAAAACAUAAGGUCGUGGUGCAAGCAGGGUUUUUGCUUCCAGGAGAACCCCAAGCUGUUCUGGGGGCUGAAGCAGCAGUACCUCGGGCCGUGCGGCGUCCUCGCGUCCGUGCAGGCGUACAUGCUCCAGUGCACGCUCUUCCACGGCGGGAUCUACGGCAGCCUGGAGCUCAUGCAGCAGUCGGACGCGCCCGAAAACGUGCUCAUGGAGCUGCGCGAGGUGUACUACAACUUCAUAAAGCUGGAACACCCCGACUUUCCGGAGGAGUGGCUGCACAUACCCGCGAUUCUCGAGGCUUUGUGUGCCGUACUGUACAACGCGACUCCGGAUUCGCACUACAAGGUGAUCCUCUUCGAGCCUCUGAAGCGCCAGAGCAUGGCGAAUGCAGUGCACGCAAUAAUGUACAGCUCGAACUACGUGUACGUCGAGUUCGACAGCAUCUCGCAAGUGGCCUCGCACCUACUCAAGAACCUGCACCUGCUCAUGUGCGAGAUGGGCGUGAUGUCGCUAACUCUAUCGGUGCUCGCGACCAGGGGCGUGGAGAACGUGCGGAACGACAUGGACGACCCCUCGAUGCCCAUGGUGGGGAUUUACGGGCACUCGUCGCAGGAGCUCGUCAACCUGCUGCUGCAGGGGCGGGCUGUCUCCAACGUCUUCGACGGGGAGAAGGUGCUGCAAGACGGCGAUAAGUCCCUGCCUUACAAGCUCAAGGGCAUCCCCGGCGUAGGCUGCGUGGGGUUCCUCAGCGAGAGGGAGGCCAGCAGGCACUGCGCAGUGGGGUCAUACUACAAGUACCCCAAGUUCCCCGUGUGGGUGCUUGCCAGCUUCAGCCAUUACACGGCGCUAUUCGCACUCAACAUGGAGUACUGCAAGCGUACUGAGGAGGAGAUGCAUUCCGUCAACGCUUUGACGGUGUGGAGUUGCCUGGACCCCGACGACAACAAGUUCAUUUCAAAGGACCUGCUGCCCUCGCUCCUGGAUAUGCUGGGCGUGACCGCGCUCUACAAGGACGCGUGCAACCACGUCAUUGCGGACUCCAACCUCGUGCUGCAAACCACGUUCAUGGACUGGUACUUAUCACGCACGGCGAGUCGGUCGGGCGAACGGCGCAACGAGAACGUCACGCUGUUCCACUACAACGGCCAGGACUCCAUGGCUCCGCUCAGCAUGGUCUCGGUGAAACACAUCUCGCAAACGGAACUCGGCGAGCUGCGCAAAUCGGCGACGGAGGACGACGAAUACGCGGUGGACUCCACCAUAGCGGGCUUCGCGAAGUCGCCUGCCGUGAACCUGGCAAAGACCAUCUGGACCCGCUGGCCCAAGACCCUCGUCGACACCCUGCAAAUGAAGAGCGAGACGCGCGUCGCACCAGAUGCGUGA